AUGGUGCCCGGCGCCCGUGGCGGCGGCGCGCGGGCGGCGGCUGCGGGGCCCGGCCUCCUGGCCCUGCUGCUGGCCGUCGCCGCCCCGCUCCGGCUGCAGGCGGAGGAGCUGGGUGAUGGCUGUGGGUACAUAGUGACCUAUGAGGACAGUGGCACAAUGACGUCUAAGAAUUAUCCCGGGACUUACCCCAAUCACACUGUUUGUGAAAAGACAAUUAGAGUACCAAAGGGGAAGAGACUGAUUCUGAAGUUGGGAGAUUUGGAUAUUGAAUCCCAGACCUGUGCCUCUGACUAUCUUCUUUUCACCAGCUCUUCAGAUCAGUAUGGUCCGUAUUGUGGAAGUAUGACUGUUCCCAAAGAACUCUUGCUGAAUACAAGUGAAGUAACUGUUCGCUUUGAGAGUGGAUCCCACAUUUCUGGUCGGGGCUUUUUGCUGACAUAUGCCAGCAGCGACCAUCCAGAUUUAAUAACGUGUUUGGAACGAGCUAACCAUUAUUUGAAGAAAGAAUACAGCAAAUUCUGUCCAGCUGGUUGUAAAGACAUAGCAGGAGACAUUUCUGGGAACACGAUGGACGGAUAUAGAGAUACCUCUUUGUUGUGCAAAGCUGCCAUCCAUGCGGGAAUAAUUGCAGAUGAACUGGGGGGCCAGAUCAGCGUGCUUCAGCGGAAAGGGAUCAGCCGAUAUGAGGGAGUCCUGGCCAAUGGUGUGCUGUCGCGGGAUGGUUCCCUGUCAGACAAGAGAUUUCUGUUUACCUCCAAUGGUUGCAGCAGAUCUUUGAGUUUGGAACCUGACAGGCAAAUCACAGCUUCUUCCUCUUGGCAGUGGGAAAAUGAAAUUGGAGAACAAGUUCACUGGUCUCCUGGCCAAGCCCGACUUCAGGACCAAGGCCCAUCAUGGGCUUCAGGCGACAGCAACAACAACCACAAACAAAGAGAGUGGCUAGAGAUAGAUUUGGGGGAGAAAAAGAAAAUAACAGGAAUUAGAACUGCAGGAUCCACACAGUCAAAUUUCAACUUUUAUGUUGAAAGUUUUGUGAUGAACUUCAAAAACAAUUCUAAAUGGCAGACCUAUAAAGGAAUUGUGAAUAAUGAAGAAAAGGUCUUUCAGGGUAACUCUAACUUUCGGGACCCAGUGCAGAACAAUUUUAUCCCUCCCAUCGUGGCUAGAUAUGUGCGGAUUGUUCCCCAGAAGUGGCAUCAGAGGAUAGCCUUGAAAGUGGAGCUCAUUGGUUGCCAGAUUACACAAGGUAAUGAUUCAGGUAAUGAUUGGCACAAAACAAGUCUAAACACUGGUGUUUCAAAUGAGAGAGAAGAUGAGACAAUCAAGAAGCCCAUCCCCUCAGAAGAAAUUGCCGCAGGAAUCAACUUCAUAGCUGUGGCUAUUCCAUCAGUACUCCUCAUUGCCCUGCUGCUUGCUGGAAUGGGGAUCGUUGCUGCCUUUAGGAAGAGGAAGAAGAAAGGAAAUCCAUAUGGAUCAACUGAGGCUCAGAAAACAGGCUGUUGGAAGCAGAUUAAAUAUCCCUUUGCCAGACAUCAGUCAACUGAGUUUACCAUCAGCUAUGACCAUGAGAAGGAGAUGACACAAAAGUUAGACCUCAUCACAAGUGAUAUGGCAGAUUACCAGCAGCCUCUCAUGAUUGGCACCGGGACAGUCACGAGGAAGGGCUCCACCUUCCGGCCCAUGGACACGGAGGCCUCCGAGGCCGGGGCCGGCGCCGGGGCGAGCGCUGAGGCCGGCGGCCACUACGACUGCCCGCUCCGGGCCGGCCGCCACGAGUACGCGCUGCCCUUGACGUCCCCGGAGCCCGAGUACGCCACGCCCAUCGUGGAGCGGCACCUGCUGCGCGCGCACACCUUCUCGGCGCAGGGCGGUUACCGCGUGCCCGGGUCCCGGCCGGCGCACCAGCACUCCCUGUCCUCGGGCAGCUUCUCCCCGGCCGCAGCCGGCAGCAGGAGCAGAGACUACCCCGUGCCGCUCGGCCCCAAGCCUGCGCACGGCGCCUACGACAAGCCCAAAGCCAGAGACCCCGACCCUGGGAAUCCGCAGACAGAUCCCGGGACGAAUGAUGGUUACGCAGCCCCCAGAGACUGCCUUACACCCCUCAAGCAGACGGCCGUGACUGCUCUUUUGUGAACACAAUGUGAAAGAAACCUGCUGUGGUACUGAGCGUCGGGCUGCUGCAAGUCACUGGAAGAAGGGACAGUGCUGUGCGUGUGUGCGCGUGUGUGCAUGUGCGUGUGAGGUUCAGUAGGAUCCUAGAGACGACCUCUCAUCCUGUUUACAAAAUUGUGCACCUGGUUUUGUUCUGACCCUGAGGACGAGAGUCUGCUGGGUUUUGUUGGGCUAGGAAAAUGAAAAUUUUCAGAUGGCAUUUUCAUUUCUCUAACUGUGAUAUAUUGAGCUGCUUUGGUGUAAAAUGUGCAAUCUGUACAGGGUCGUAUUUAACAAGAAUUAAAGUAACUUAAGUUGGCUUCAUCCGAUUUUAGUUCUGCACAAAGGUUCAGUGGGAAAAUGCAGCUGUAGCCAAAACCUACAUAAUAGUAUGUUCGUUUUUGCAGUGUAUUUUAUUUGAUACUGUGUUAACAGCAGGUCUGUUUAAACUUAAUCUUGUUGUGGUGGUGGCUCAUUUCCUUUCCUUUGGUAACUACAACUAAAAGCAUUUUUCACAUUCUUCUCCUGGAAGAAAUGAAAUUACUUGAAGCAUGAAAAGCACACCAGAGUGGUUGUUUGUUUAGUCAUUAUAAAUGUACAUUAAAAACAAGCAACAUCUCAGCAGCUGCCUGUUUCCUUAGACUCCACUUCAGAUGGGGACGUGAAGUGGCCAGCCAGGGCAGCCCAGCGUCCUGUGGCCUGCAGGGGACUCAGCUGCUGCAGGCCGGAGGAAAUGGACUCCUUGAGGAAUUGGCCUUCACACUGCUUCCUCCUGGCCUCCAGCCUGGCAGACACUAUGCAGCCUGCAUAUGCAAAUUAGCCUCUUCAAACUGCAAAGCCAAAUGCCCAGACUUCCAGGCAACCACAACUGUUCUCUCAACAAAUUGAAAUAAAGGUGGCACAGCAAUCACAGUCUGAAUUACUGUGUCAGAUGUUUUUGUACCUCGGAUUAAAAAACAUUGCUGGGGUCAGAGGCUCACACUUUUCACGACUUUCUUCAGAAAUAGUACAUUUUCGUGACUUCCAUUUUCCCCUGAAAAACAAAAAGCUAUUUGUGAAAUGUCUUCUUACAGAAGCGACCAAGGCCAAGUCUAAAUAGAGCUUUUCUACUGAGAUGGUUGGGAACUGAACUGAUUUCGUAAGAAAUAAUUUUCCCCUCCAGUAUGUGUGUAUAAUUCUAGAAUAGCCCAGACCUCAGCUGUACCUCAUGUUCAAUAGUUUUUAUCUGAGUUUGCUUUGUGAGUUAACUGUGAGGGAUUUAACCUCUUUUGCCAAAGAGGAAAAUGUAUGUUUGUUUUUUAAUAGGAAAUAUGGACCAAAAAUCCUUUCUUUAAAAAAUGUAUUAUAACUGUAUUUGUAUAGGUCUCACUUUCUGUGAAAUGUAUAUAUGUUAAAAUAGUGAGGGUGCUGGAAGGUCGUGGCAGACUAUCUGUUGGUUAUUGCAGAAGAUAAAUAGUUUAC